AUGAGUGUCUCAGAACUGCCGACGCUAGGUACUGGGGAGACGUAUCAGGAGAAGUUCAUGCGCAAGUUUAAACAGCAGCCCUUGGUGCCCCUCGGUGCAGCCCUGACGGCGGUCACGCUGACGGUGGCGACGGUUCGGAUGCGGCAGGGCAAGAGCACGUCGAUGAACCACUGGCUGCGCGCGCGUGUGAUCGCGCAGGGGCUCACCAUCGCGGCAAUCGUCGCCGGGUCGUUCAUGCUCCGGGAGCAGCAGGAGAAGAAGCAGGAGAAGACCGCGCGCGAACAGGAUGCAAUGCUCGAGCGUGCCGCCUUCGAGGCCCGCAUGAAGGCGGCGGUGGAGGCUCACCGCCUCGAGACCGGCCAGACGAGCGUCAGCACACCUGCGGCUGCGCCGAAGACCAGCGAGGGCGGGAACGGGAGUGGGAGCGAUGGGGGCUGGUGGGGAUGGCUUGGGUUCAGCGGGAACAAGGCGGAGACAAAGCCGGCACAGACGAGUGAGGCGGCGACGACGACAACGGCUAGCCCUUCUAUCGCGAGCACCCCGCCUGCUGCAGCAUCCACAGCGAAAGUGGAUUCAUCGAAAACGAAGACCUCGUAA